UCAACGUUCGGUUUCUCCUUCGGCGGCCGGCGGAAUAUAUUUCUGCAGAGCUUGUUGUGGUGUUUGGUCUCUUUCCUUCAAAGAAAUUAAUUUUUCUAUUUAAUAUAUAGAAGUUGAAGGUUUUGUAUAAUUAAUAAUCAAACAUGUCUGACGAAGAAGUUCAAGUAAAAGCACCAGCGAAAAGGGGUAGAAAACCAGCAGCAGAAAAACCAGCUAAAAAGGAGGAAAAAGUUUCGAAAAAUGAUGAUGGUGAUGCACCGCCAGUAAAGAGAGGCCGUGGCCGUCCAAAAGCAGCUGCAAAGAAACCUGCCGCAGCUAAAACCAAUGGAACAGCCAAAGGAGGCAAGAGAGGGAGACCCAAAAAAGAAGAAAAGAAAGAAGAUAGUUCUGCAGAGGAAGAGAAUGGCAGAAGCAGUGCCAAUGAAGAAGAUGAAGAGGAUGAUGAAUAAAUAUAAGUAACAUAGUAAUUAAAAUAAGAUGAUUCAAUUGCACUGCUAUAAUGAAUCUCAUUAAAUUUAUGUUUUAAGUUCUAUUUUUAAAAACUAUUAAUUUUUAGUAUGUUUAAUUUCCAUUCAAUCAAAUUCAGUGUCCUAAUCAGUUUAAUUGUUCAUAGUAUUGUGCUCUAUAUAUUUCAGUAUGUUUGUAAAUGUUUUUUUUUCUAUUUGAUAUUGAGAUUAACAUAAUGCCAUAAAAAUAAUCUUGUAGUGUAAAUCGCAUUUCUGCCAGGUUAUAGACAUUAAAUUUGUUAUAAAUUAAUUUAACAUAUUUUCAUUGAUAUUAGUUUUAAGGAUUCUCAUGUUUGACAUAGAGACUGAUACAAAAUUGGAUAUUACUUUUGGUAUUUCAACAGAAAAAAUGUAAAUAUAAUUUAUGUCUUCAUUUCAAUAAAAUGAUCUUGGAAUAAUUUA